GCUUCCACCUCCAUUACCUACCCACCCAUCCAUCUUCUUCCCCAAGUAAGGCACAUAUUACUUGCCCACGCUCCAACAAGAUCCAUGAGACCUUCAGAUCCCUUGUAAUGGCGUCAAGAAAACCUUCAGAUUACCUACAAUGGCGACUUGAUUAGUUGCUUCUCCUCUUAAAUCUUCUCUGAUCUAAGAAGGGAAAAAACAAGAGAAAGGGGAAGGGGGUGUAAUUUUAGAGGUUUGAAUAUGAUUGACCUCAAUGAAGUACCAGAGGAAGAUAUGCCAGAGUUUGCCUUUGUUCAUGACAUGAAUAUACUUGAUCCUUUAUAUUGCACACAACAGAGCAACCCACUUGGUGGAGCUGACAAUGCUGAGUUUGUGGCUGAAUCUCCCAACCCUGUUGCCACACACAAUGCUUCGACAAAUGUGGUGCAAACUAUGCCUACAGAUAUGGGUGCAACGGUCGAAGCAACUACACAUCCAGUGGCAGCAACAGAGACGGAUGAACACACACAUUUUGACACUAACACCGCAGGUGGAACAGGUCGGACUAUUGGAAACAGUUUGGCGGGCUUGGUUGGUGAGAACGAUGAUGAGGCAUGGUCAUAGCCCAAGGAACCUUACGUGGGGAUGAGGUUUGACACUUUGGAAGGUGCAAAGGAACACUACAAUGCGUAUGCUCUGCAGCUUGGAUUUUCCAUCAAAAUGAAUACAACAAGGAGAACUGGCAACACUAGUAUGUUGGUAAAGCAGCAAUUUGUUUGCAACAAGUUUCGGAAACCUACAGAGGAUGAUGGAGGUGCAGAAAUGCCCCCUGUCCUAGACAAAAUUGUUGAUCAGGCAUAACAUGUUGACGAAGAUGAUGAUAUUGUCUUUCUUGAUGAUGAAAGUAAGUUAAAAAAGAAAAGCAAGAAACGAAAGAAAGUAAUUCAAACCGGUUGCAAGGCCAAGAUGGUGGUGAAACUAGUAGAUGGGCGUUGGGAGGUGGUGUACUAUGUUGGUGAGCAUAACCAUAAGUUGGUAGACAAGCCAUCUUUGAAGAAGUACUUGCGAUCGCACCAAGGGAUACCUCCAGAAGAAAGGGCAUUCCUAACACAUCUUCACAACUGCAAUUUAACUACAGGGCGUAUGAUGCAUAUUAUGUCAGACUUCUAUGGCACAGAGCUGAUCGUCCCCUAUGGUACUAAGCACAUUACAAACCUAAAGACAAUGUUAAACAAAGAUGCCACCAAAGAAGGAGAUAUGAUUGAGACAGUUGCCUACUUCAAAGAUCAACAAAAAGAUGAUCCAGACUUCUUUUAUAAGAUAAAGUACGAUGAGGAGGACAGGGUGGAGAACAUUUUCUGGGUUGACGGUGCAGCUAGGAAAGCUUAUGUCGAGGCUUACCACGAUUGCAUCUCGUUCGACACUACAUAUAUGACUAACAUGUACAAUAUGCCUUUUGCCCCGUUUAUUGGAAUUAAUAGACACGGGCAGUCGUUUAUGUUGGGCUGCGGCUUUGUUAGGCAAGAAAUGGCAUCGAGCUUUGAUUGGUUGUUUGAGACGUUCCUUGAGGCAAUGAACGGUAUAACACCAACCAACAUCAUAACUGACCAAGACAUUGCGAUGGCACAAUCCAUCAAAAAGAUGUUUCCUACGAGUGUGCAUCGUUGUUGCCGUUGGCAUAUAAUGAAGAAGGCACAAGAGAAGCUUGGAUCAAUGUUGGCACGAAACCCUGGUUUGUCGCGUGAUUUCAAUGAAUGUGUUGACUUCAGCUUGACACCAGAGGAGUUUGAGACAAGAUGGAAUGCUCUGUUGUUGAAGUAUGAGGGUAUGGUUGACACCCACUAUGAGAAUCUAUAUAACUACCGGGCAACAUGGGUUCCUUGUUACUUCAAGCACCAGUUCUUCCCUUUCUUGCAAUCAACCUAGCGCAGUGAGGGGUUCAACGCUGUCCUUAAGCGAUAUGUGAACCCACAUAAAUCCAUCUUGAACUUCGUGAAACAAUACCAGAAAAUUCAAACACACAUACUAGUCCGAGAAGGUGCCAAAGACUAUAGAACAGAGCAUUUGCAGACUGAACUGUGGUUGUCUUACCCCUUUGAGAAGCUAGCUUAUGAGGCCUACACCAGGGACUUGUAUGUUAAGUUUCAAACAGAGUUUGCGUUGAUUGCGAGGUACAAUGUACGGCCUCAUGGUUCUAACUUGUAUGAAGUUUACCCCAACCAGUAGUGGGUUGUGAAGUAUGGAUCUAGAAGCUACUACGUGACAUGCGAGCCAAGUGCUGAAGACUAUAGAUGUGAAUGUUGCAGAAUGGACAGGGAUGGCAUGCUUUGUUGCCAUAUUUUGAAAGUUUUCACACAACUGGGUGUCAAUAAAAUCCCUGAGAACUACAUCAUUCGCAGAUGGACUCCCCUGGCAAUACCUGAUGCACCACCUGCUCCUGAUCAUGAGCCCGAUGAGUUGCCAGAACAGCCAAAGAAAGAGCUUCGGCUUGCAAGCAUGCAAAUGGAUUUUGCAAAUCUUGCCCGCGGAGCUAGCGCAUCUGAUGCUGCUACAGACAUUGUAAAGAAACAUAUGCGUGCAACACGGCAAGAAAUUAAAAAUCUGAAGUUGUCAAGGAAA